AUGGCCGAGCAGCAACCCAGCACGGCAGCAGCAGGUGGCGGAGGAGAACGUGGUGGAAGACACAACCGCGGUCGUUCAGGCAGAUCUCGUGGUGGUCGUGGAGGUGGACGUGGGGGCCGAAGUCGAGGUGGUGCGCAGAAUACUUCAACAGGUCAACAGAACCCGCCGUCGGAAGCUUCACCGGCGCCGGGGGCCACACAACCGCCAAGGGCAGAGGGAAACACACCUGGACAAGCACAUUCUGGCCGUGGCCCCAGAAGAACAAGAAACGCCAGGCGGGGCGGUGCCAAUUCCGGACAUAGAACGACAUUUGGUGCCCAGAGAGCCUUUGGAGGCCAACUCACCACAGAGUCACAACGCGAGGAAGGCGAGCAAGGCACAAACGCUUCUCUGGACGUGGGUGCCAACGACUUUGUGCCAGGCCAGUCUACACAUGAAGUCCGAAAUACACCUGGAGACUCUGUAGCAAACGGGAAGACACAGCGAGAACGGAGAGAUUCCAAAUCCACAGCUCCCGACCUUCCCACACGCAUACACGAAGACAUCACCUAUGGCCAAUAUGAGUGUGUCAUUUGCACCAACGAAGUACUCUCAAACUCGAAGAUUUGGUCAUGCACAAUCUGCUGGACUGUGGUGCACAUGUCAUGUGUAAAGAAAUGGUACACAAACCAGACCAAGAAGCCGGAGCAGCCAGGGGCCGAGGCCCUCAAGGGCUGGCGCUGUCCUGGCUGUAAUUCAGCGAUGACUGAUGAGCCCUCGAUAUACCACUACGUGCUCCAAGCCAAGGUCAACUUGCCCUCAUCCGUGUGGCUCUAUGAUCUGCCAUGCUGGGCCCUGCCCGCCAUGCGAGAUGAUGGGACCAAGUAUCUCGUGCUUUUGCGGCAAACAGGUUUCAACAAAACGUUGUAG